CUUGUUAUUCCGGAGAGGCGCGCACAGGCACCGUUGCUGCUGCUGCUUCUGCUGUUGUAACCCCGUGGCAGACAAAGUUUGAACAACAUUAUAAUAUAUAAACAUAAUAUAAUAAUAAAGCUCUCGCGCGCGCAAGCUGACGCUUUUGGACGAGUGCUCCGCGUGAAAAGUUUCGUGAAAAUCGGUGUGCGACGGCAUUUUCCGGCGUGAAAAUCGUGAGUGAGUGCCGGAACUUUGCGCGAGGACCACCAAAAUAUCGAGCGCCCACCAACACCAACGCAAGAAGUCACGCACGCAUCGCUCACGCACGCACUCCGUUUCGGAGAGUCCUUUCCAGACUCACUGGAGAGCGCGAGCGAGGAUCAGCGCGCUGAAUCGCACAUAUUUGCCUUUCCAAUCAGUAAAACGACACUGGUAUUUGGGUUGCAACGAGUCAACAUCGAGCCGAGCCAAGGGAAGGAGCGUUCCGGGUUUAAGGUCUCUUCAAGUCGACCUGUUGAAGUCGAACCCGACCGCCCGUAAACCAGGGACUUUGGAUAUUCCGGGUUUGUUUGCUACUCGGCGGCAGUUGGACAAGUCGGAAGCCCCGGGAUACACCAGCUGUACCCCCAGCGUAUGUGUGCAGAGUGCUUAAGUUUUUGUGUCCACACAAAACUCGGUCUCCGACGUCGAUGACGUGAGUUGGACGGCAGUGACGACAUUUGCCACAAGGAACACCCCCGUCUACGUGCAAGUAGUGUGAGGCAUUGUUUGUGUUUAUUAUUGAAUUUUGAACCAAGUCCUCGUGUCACGUCGAAUAGUGUGUGGCUUGGGAGGUUCGAAUUUUUGGGUAAUUGGGUGAAGGUGUUUGUGCCGUAGGAGUAGAUGUGAGUGUGAACAAACAAAGAGAUAACAACACAUACGCCGGGAAUGCCCCAGCACCGAAUGAUAAACAAUAUCGGUCGUGUGUACGACGAGAAGACGCAAUCGGAAUGUGCCGGGCAGUGAGAUGAUCGAUCAAUGACGCGCGCCGUUCUGAAGAGUGAUUUCAAUUGAUAGAUCUGUUCCAAGUGGGCUUAGUGGUCAGAGUACAACGCAACACAGGACUAGGUGAAACUUAAGUAGUGAAGAUGCAAAAACUUUACCCGGAAACGUCGAUCAACAGUUCGAGCAUGACCGGAGGAAACAUGAGCCCGAUGGCUACGACGUACAGUAUGAACAGCAUGGGGAUGACAGUAGGUGGGAUGACUUCAGUUUCGCCUCAAGGCGGAAGCUUUGGUUCAUCUGUUUUGGGAGGUUCGGGAAUGUCCGGAAUGGGAGCCGCCAUGAAUUCCAUGUCCGGCCAAUGCCUAACUUCGGCACCACUUGGGUACAGUUCGAUGGGAUCGCCCAUCCCCAACAUGGGUUCAUGCAUGGGUGGUAAUGGGAUGAGCUCAAUGGCGGCCAUGACCGGAUACUCGAGCGUACCCGGAAGUCGAGAGGUUCUCGGCGAUCCAGGAUCACCCAAUUCUGCUGCUCUGCAGCGAGUUCGGACGGAGAAGCCGGCGGCAACAUACCGGCGGAAUUAUACGCAUGCCAAGCCUCCAUACUCGUACAUCUCACUUAUAACGAUGGCCAUUCAGAACAACCCGCACAAGAUGCUUACCUUAGCGGAGAUCUACCAGUUCAUCAUGGAUCUGUUCCCGUUCUACAGACAGAACCAGCAGCGGUGGCAAAAUUCAAUUCGGCAUUCGCUUAGCUUCAAUGACUGCUUUGUCAAAGUGCCCCGGACUCCGGACAAGCCUGGUAAGGGUUCAUUCUGGACGCUCCAUCCCGACUCGGGUAACAUGUUUGAGAAUGGAUGCUAUCUGCGACGGCAGAAGCGUUUCAAGGACGAAAAGAAAGAAGUGAUUCGCUCCAUGCACAAGAGCCCCGUUCACGGUAUGGAUGCAACCAGUCCAGAUAAGAAGGACCAUCACGAGGAUCACCAUCACCAUCACCACAGGGAACACAAGCUGCCCGGGCCGCACGAUACGCACGGAAUGCUGAACUCUGCCCACGGCAAGGAUACCGAUGCUCUGGCAAUGCUGCACGCCACCGCAGACCUCUGCCUAGCACAGCAAUCCCAAUCGCACCACGGAGCGCACCACCAGCAGCUCCAGCAGGAGGAAUUGUCCGCCAUGGUGAACCGGUGCCAUCCAUCGCUGCUCAGCGAUUACCACUCCAUGCACCUCAAGCAGGAACCGCCCGGCUACACGCCCUCUAGUCAUCCGUUCUCCAUCACCCGGUUGCUGCCGGCCGAAUCCAAGGCCGACAUCAAGAUGUACGACAUGAGCCAGUACGCCGGCUACAACGGCCUGAGUCCCCUGCAGAACUCGCACGCUGCGGCGGCUGCCCUCGAACAGAACUCCUACUAUCAUCAGAGCCUCGGGUACCACCACGCAUCGACAGGCACCACGAGCUUGUGACAUCAGUAUCCGUUGGCAUAAGUGAAGCUGAAGAACUACUACGGCGGCAGCUGCCAGAGUAGUGGCGGCAGCAGCGGUAGUACCAACGGAACCAACAACAACGCUCAUCACCACGCCAACAGCAGCAACAUUCAUCACCAGUUCGGCAGCAGUGGCGGCCAUCACCAGCAUCACCUAAACAACAACAGUAUCAUCAACGGUAACUCCAUCAGUAGAUCGUCCUGUAGCAGCAGUACCGACGCAGACCAUAACUUUCAAUUCUAAAAGUUUGUGCUAGUUUUCUCCACAAUCUACGCCUACACGGAGAUGGAUAAUGGAGCGCAGAUAAGGUACGAGGUACGGUGAAGGUGACUCCCGGCGCGAGUUUGAAGUGGUACCACGCGCCACGUAAAACGGGCGCGCGAGUGGUGACCGGAAGAGUGACUCAAGUUUCGAGAAACAGCUCGUAAAACAGUUGACUGAUAGAAAAUGAUGCACUCGCCUGAAGUUUUUAAUGUCUUGAUGUUCUUGUCAGAAUCAACACUGUUCUUGAUAGCUCAAUGUUGACGCCUGUAAUAGAGACCUUGCGGUGAACAGUAACGCUUCGGACGUUCUUUCCUAUUUCUUCCUGGUUUGCUCGCCACAACCAUCCAAAGCUAGCCUUCAACCCUCGAGAUCCAUUACCAUAUCGGAGAGCGCACUUUCAUCAGCUCUCUCCAAAAACGGCCCUGCCUCGGUCACUCGACCGGCGUGAUCGCUUCUGGAGCACCGUAUUGACCAUAAUCGACCUUCGGAACGCUAGACAAUGUGGUCCUUCAACCGGGCGAACGCGCGUGCCCGAUCGAUAAGUGUGCGGGAUGUGUCGUGUCGUGAAAAGGUUUGCUCAGUGGUAUUUAUUCAGAUGGGCACUCGAGGGUUGAGUAGGAGUUUGUAGCUUCGUAUAAUGAGCUGUUGUGGAGUUUUGGGUGACAUUUUCGGUGAUUUGGAGCACUUUGUGAGAAAGUUGGAGACUGAGGCUAAACUCGAGGAAAAGUUCAAAUUCAGAAUUAAUUAAAAAUCGCUGUUCUGCGAUUACCAAGCAAGACCAAGCACUCGUCAGAAUUGGCCACCCUCGCAAUUCCGUGUGCCUCCUCUUCAAAAACCAGUUUCAUGUCGUCGCAACGUCGAAAUAACAAAGCUCAAAACAUGACGCUUUCAGACCGUCAAGUUGGUCGUCCACUCGAGUGUCCGCAAGAUCCGUUUUUGCUUCUUGACGCACAAACGACUCUUUCAAGCUUCUUCAGCGGAGUUUGUCGUCGUCUGGACCUUUCAUUGAAUGUUGUACCAUUCAUGUGUACGGUACACCCGGACAGUUCAUGCAUGAUGUGUGCCCUUUUCGAAAGACAGACGGUAGCAACCAAGCUUAAAGCGACUGCUUUUAUGGUAAUUUCUCAUUUACUCUUCCAGAGGGUUAAUAAGCUUUGAGGUGGUUCUGAACCAAAAAUGAUUUACAGUCUAACUAAAAGUCAAGUUAUAGUCUGUGGCAAUCUCCAAGAAGUUGCGCAUAAAAAACUCGAUUUUUUCACAAUUUUACCAAGAACCACCCUACGAUCGCAGUGCGCACCCAUCUCCAGCUUAUGAAUAAUUCUCCAGCUCUCAAGACCUGCAUCGGAGCUUCAGAAAAACCGAUGACCUCAAUUGAGCCUCUACUGCGUGGUCAAUUCAUUCCGGCCUGGCGCGGCCUCUUCACCUGGGCUGCUGAGCCGAUGCAUUAAGCUAGAGGGUGCUCGUUUUCGAAUUUUGUGUGCCAAGAGAAUCAAUUAAAGAAAAUCUCAGUGGCCUCCUCUCCAAGAAGUGAGGUUAUGGGUGAGUGUGAUCUUGGGUUGUUGACUUAAAGCUUUGUUUGCUGUUUGUUCAAGAGUGGAAGAUCCGUGGAAGAGCUACUACUAGAACAGCGGAAGUACUCAUCAUGGCUUAUUAAGCCAGUAAGAUCCAUGCUUGGCAGAGUCGAAUGGUUUGACAAUGGUGACAGAACUUAAUUUGGUUCUUACCUGAGAGAACGCAACGUAUAACGCAAACUGUAACAGUGAUAUUAAAAUUUAAUUUUAACGAAUAUAUUGGGCAUGAUCGAUGAGAAUUUUUUUUGGCAUUGGCAACAAGCCAUUUUUUCAAUGAACGCAAAAUUUCAAGAAAACCGCAAUUUAAUUAAAUAGUUGUUUUGCCACUCACGGCAACCAGUCCCUUUCAGAGAUGAUAAUGAGCAACCAUUUAAAAAGGUGCUUACACCAUUUUAAUUAAGCUCGAUUUCUUCGAACUUUUCCUUCAUUACUUCAGCGUCUCAAAACCAUUUGCCGGCUCUAAAACGAUGUUUUCAGAGCAAACGAACGCUUGGUUGGCUUUUCUCGAAGAAAUCAAUCAAAUCCGGCUCUCCCUGUGGCCGACGUGAUGUGCCACAGUUUCAACCCAGUGGUCGACAUUCCGCGAAAACGGCGCGGCCAAUUAGAGCCCGCGUGCUAAGUAAACAAAUUAUCCGGAUGGUUUUAAUUAAAUUAUUAGAACGUAAACAUCGUGCCACGCCGGGACAUGACUAAUGCUUUUUUUGAGCGGAAGAAAUCUUCUGUA